AUGGCCCAACUUUGCAAUAAAGUCUCCACCAACACCAACCCCAAUAACUUAACCAUCGUCAUCAUCAUCAUCAUUACCAUCGUCACUGUUGCUGUUGAAGCUGCUUCAAGUUGGAAUGACGUCGAUGGCGGUAAAGCUCUUGCAGUAGUUGCAGUAGUGGUAGUAGUGGUAAUCAAACUGGCUUCAAAUGCUUAUUGCCUCCCCAUAUCGGCUUGCGAUGCCAGUACCUUAACGCUAGUGAAUGCUGACAUCAUAAGGAUUGCUGAUGACGUCAGAGAUGAGUUGCUAUUGGUCGAAUGCCAGCCAAACCACGUAUUUUUCAAUGGCGAAUCAGAAGCUAAGAUAACAUGCAAGACUGGAAACAAGUGGUCGGCCAGCAAGCUAACCUGCAUUGCUAAAAACUACCCGACUUUAGUUCCGCCAGAGCAACUCUUCGACUCCCGUUAUUACGUAGCGGCUCUUAUUAUGUUCGCCCUCAUGUUUGUCUUCUUAAGGAUUUUAUACUUCGUACUAUCCGGGAUUUUCCUAAGAGGAAAAGGAGAAGAAGGGAGUGAGGAAAAACCGAAAAGAUGCGAUUGCCUCUGCCCGUGCUCUUGCCCAACUUUUCUGGAGAGAAUGGUUGGGGCUAGGAAGAGAGAUGUUGAAGAAGAGAGAGGAGAGGAAGAUGAUGAGGGCCCUGAUAGUGCAGAGGAGGUUGAAGGGGAGCAAGCAGUGGAUGGAACAACAGAGACUACGUUGAACGAGAAUUUUGCGCCAGAAGCCCUGGACGAUGAAAAAAAUGUGGCUAGUGAGUCGGUCGCUGCUGGUACUACUGCUUCGGGAGAGGCUCCGAAAUCUGCCAAGCAAAGUGAGAAAGAAUAA